AUGGCGCUGGUCACGCUGCAGCGCUCACCGACCCCCAGCGCCGCCUCCUCGGCCAGCACCAGCGAGCUGGAGGUUGGCAGUGAUGAGGAACGUAAAUUAAACGUGAGCCUGAGCGAGAGCUUUUUCAUGGUGAAAGGUGCAGCCCUCUUCUUGCAACAAGGAAACAGCUCCCAGGGCCAGCGAAGCCUCCAGCAUCCUCACAAACAUGCAGGUGAUUUGCCCCAGCACCUCCAGGUGAUGAUCAACCUCCUCCGCUGCGAGGACAGGAUCAAACUGGCUGUGCGGCUGGAGAGCGUGUGGACAGACCGCGUGCGGUACAUGGUGGUUGUGUACAGCAGCGGGCGGCAGGACACGGAGGAGAACAUCCUGCUGGGUGUGGAUUUCUCCAGCAAGGAGAGUAAGAGCUGCACCAUAGGAAUGGUUCUUCGGCUGUGGAGUGACACUAAAAUCCAUCUUGAUGGUGAUGGUGGCUUCAGCGUGAGCACUGCAGGGAGGAUGCACAUCUUCAAGCCAGUGUCGGUGCAAGCCAUGUGGUCUGCUCUACAGAUCCUCCACAAAGCCUGCGAGGUGGCAAGGAGGUACAACUACUUCCCAGGCGGGGUGGCCUUGGUGUGGGCCACGUACUAUGAAAGCUGCAUCAGCUCGGACCAGAGCUGCAUCAAUGAGUGGAACGCGAUGCAGGACCUGGAAUCCACCCGCCCUGACUCACCAGCACUGUUUGUUGACAAGCCAACUGAAAGGGAACGAACAGAACGGCUCAUUAAAGCCAAACUCCGGAGCAUCAUGAUGAGCAAAGACCUGGAAAAUGUCACUUCCAAGGAGAUACGAAAUGAGCUGGAGAAACACAUGAACUGCAACUUGAAGGAAUUCAAGGAAUUCAUAGACAAUGAAAUGCUGCUUAUCCUGGGUCAGAUGGACAAACCAUCUCUCAUUUUUGAUCAUUUAUACCUGGGCUCUGAGUGGAAUGCCUCCAACCUCGAGGAGCUGCAGGGCUCAGGCAUUGACUACAUCUUGAAUGUGACCAGGGAAAUUGAUAACUUCUUCCCUGGCUUGUUUGCCUAUCACAACAUCCGAGUGUACGACGAGGAGACCACAGACCUCCUGGCUCACUGGAACGAGGCCUACCACUUCAUAAACAAGGCCAAGAAGAACCAUUCCAAGUGCCUGGUGCACUGCAAGAUGGGUGUGAGUCGCUCAGCAUCCACUGUCAUCGCGUACGCGAUGAAGGAGUUUGGCUGGUCCCUGGAAAAGGCCUAUAACUACGUGAAGCAGAAACGCAGCAUUGCAAGGCCAAACGCAGGCUUCAUGAGACAGCUGCUGGAGUAUGAAGGCAUUUUAGAUGCGAGCAAGCAGCGCCACAACAAGCUGUGGAAGCAGCAGGCAGAGAGCAACCUGCCCCCCAACACAGACGGCACCACGGGGUCGAGUGACUUCCUCCUCGAGAGCUUGGACAUCGACCUGGAGAACCGCCUGGCUGACCUGGACAUGCCUUCGCAGUCAGGGUACCUGGACAACCGCACCAGCACCGACGUGCCCGUGGGCUUUAACUACUGCUUCCGCCGCCUCUCGGACACGCUGCUGGAGAACAAGAUUCCCGGUGACAGGGAGGGCUUCUUCCCUGUGGAGGAGCUGGAGCGGGAUGUGCUCACGGAGCGCGCUGCCUCGCUGGUGGGACAGCAGCCGUCAGAGGGGAGGAUGCUGGAGACAGGAAAAGCUCUGGAGACUGCAGAGCCACUGACAGAGAUGAGCAGCUUCUGUGAGAAGGAGGUGAAGAAGAAGCUGGAUUUCAGCCCCCGGAAGGGAAGGAUAAUGCUGGGCCCUGGGGACCACAGGGAGGAUGCUGUCAGGGAGGAAAACCCAAUGGAGAAGUGGAAGCGGCGCUUGUCCAUGCACAAGGAGGAGAGCAGGCUUAACAGAGAGAACUUGAAUAACAACAACAGCAAAAGGAGUUGCCCAGAGGAUUUUGAGCACGAUGCCGUGUUUGGGAUCCUCAGUAAGGUGAAGCCUUCCUACCAGUCCUGCACUGACUGCAUGUAUUCCUCAGCUGGUUUGUCUCCAGAUUCCUUUGGGGAGCAGUGUGAGAAGCUGAACUCCAGCACCAUGCGCCGCAGCACGGCCACCAUCUGCACGCAGCCAGCCUUCCUCUCCCACAUCAACUCCAACUUGGCAGAGCACCUGCCCAGCAAGGCACGCUUGGAGGAGGCAAUCAGAACUAGAACCAAUGAGGCUCCGCUUCCUCUGUCGGCAGGAGCUGGUGCUCUGGAGGCUGGGGCUGGCAAAUCACUUGAUGAGCACUGCGGUGUGUUGGAGAAGGGAAAGGAUGCACCAAAAACUCCAGUCAAAACCCUUCUGUCCAGGAGCAACUCACACUGUGACAAGAGCCUCCUUAACGUGGAAGUGGUAAAAGAGGAGUCUCUAGCCAGAAAAGACAGCAAACCUACCAAGGAUCUGAAGUACUUGUUCAGUAAAGACUUGGAAAAGCCAAGCGCAAACAGUUACCUGAUGCAGCAUCAGGAGUCUCUUAUCCAGCUGCAGAAGGCAGGUCUGGUUAGGAAGCACACCAAAGAGCUGGAGCGGCUGAAGAGCCUGCCCUCGGACGCCUCGUCCCUGCUCAGAGAGAGCCCCUUGGGCAGGGUGGACUCUGGCAUCACGGAGGAGAGUGAGGAUCUGAUUUCACAUCCCAGCCUUGUGCCUCUCCUGGGGCCAGCGCCGCUGGUACCCGAGGAUGCAGAGAAGCUCGAGGUGAAGCGUGUCUUGGAGGGGAUCUCCCAGAAGACCUCAACACCUGUGGCCUGCCGGCUGGAGCACACGAGCAGCUUCACCAAGGACUUCCUCAAGACCAUCUGCUACACCCCAUCCUCCUCCCGCAGCUCCAACCUGACACGCAGCUCCAGCAGCGACAGCAUCCACAGCGUGCGGGGCAAGCCUGGCCUGGUCAAGCAGCGGACUCAGGAGAUAGAGACCAGGCUGCGGCUGGCAGGCUUGACUGUGUCCUCCCCUCUGAAGAGGUCCAACUCCCUCGCCAAGCUGGGGUGUCUGAACCUGUCCUCUGAGGACUUGGCCAGUGACAUGGAGGUGUCAACCAUCACGGACUCCAAGGAGGCCGUUUCCAGUGAGUCUUCCAUGCUCUGUGAGCCACAGUCCACACUCAGGGGUGCAGACAUCACCUCCAAGCUGGCAGCGAAGCCAGCGGUUGGAAACUUGAAGAACACGCUCUGGAUGGGCAAAAGUUGAUGCCUUCCAUGGGGGGUGCAGGGGGGUUGAGGGCUUUGUGGCAUUUAUUCAUUGCACAGGUGCAGUUUAUCAUCUGACCUGCAGGAGUUCGUCUGAUGCCUCCUCUUCAUCCCCCCCUUGUACUCUUAAGUGGGGAGGAAAAACACCCAUAAUGGGUUAUGGUGAAUGGCACAAGGGAAAAUAAACGUAUUGCAUGGCUUAGAAGAGGACCUUGUGUGUGAAUUGCCCGUUGUCCUGCAGGAUGCUCUUCCUAGUACUGUUUGCCAAGUAUAAUAAUGUGGGUUUGUGUGUGUAUAUAGAUAGAUACUGUGCUGUUUAUCUAUCUAUAUAUAUAGAAAAUGCUGAAAUGCUGUUUCAAAGACUCAGCAGAAUUAGUCACAACUUUUUACAGAACAAACACAAGUCUCCAGUUCAAACAGGGCACUUGUGGAAAACUCCUUACAAUGGGGACACGAACACUACCUCUGAUCCUGCUGACUUUGAGUCUUGGCUUGUUGUUUGUCUUUUUAAAAGGCUUUUCCCACAGCACUUCCAUUGUUUGAAGUUAUUCCCCUGAUGGGAGCUGGAAAGGCCCAGAGGAGACAGAGGCUUUCCUGGCUGUGAAGUGAAGGAGCAUUGAGCUGUGUUCGUGUUGACUCUGUGACCUGGUUGUCACAGCCUUGUGUUGGUGCUGGAGGGACCCCCGGGCUGUGUCACUGUCACUGUGGACAGGAGUUGUGUUCUUUGGGUGUUGUUGCCGUCACGGUGUCUGUAAUGUCCCAGUGCUAAUGAUGAGCUUGGCCAGUGAGUGCCCGUGAAGCUUUGUGUGAUGCUGUGUCGGUGUCGUGGGGGCUGUGGAGGGGCUGCUCUUUGGUGUCCCACGUGUCUGCAGUAGGUGAUCCUGUCUCUCCUGUUGGAUUUGGUAGAACAGUUCCUGUGUGCCGGGUUUGGGAAGCCCAGGGGUUGGUUAUGGCAGGUGGCAGGAGCCUGGGUGGCCGCAGUGCAGGGAGCCGGGUGUACGUGUCCCAGCCUCCUGCCAUGGAGCAGAGCCAUAAAUCCUGCUCUUAGGAGGGGUUGUUCCUGCUCAGUGUGAGCAGUCAAAGAGAAAUAGAGGCUGCAGUGAGAUCUGGGUGCUCACCGAGCCCCAGCACCAUCCUUAACAUCCCCUCUUUGAGGCAGAGUCAGGGUGCUGCAGCAGGUGUGCUGAGCCUCUGUUCACCAGAAGUCCCCUGGCACACACAGGUAGCUCUGUGGUUUUGGUGUCCUGAAUGCCCAGAAUUCACUUUUCUCCCUGUGUUUUUGCAUGAAGUGGGAGGAAUUGCAGUCGGAUGAAUGUCCCUUCUGAAAGGGGCUGCAAUUGGAUGUGCAUUUCUAGCUUGAGGCAUCCUUCCCAUUCCACCCUUGGAAGCUGGUUUGAGGCAGGGCAUGUUCAGAGUGGGAACCCCCUACUCCAUGGCUGCACGUCCACAUCUGCUGCCAUAACCUGUACCUGUCCCAUCUUUCCUGCCCUUGUUCCCUCCUGCAUUCCCACGAAUGAAGGGGGCCCCAUUGAAGGGCUCAGAGCAGCCACCUCAAGGGAGUUUGUGCCUCCUGCUCCCAGCAUGGCCUCAUCCCUCUCCUCUGCUUACCAUGGCUGAUGGCAGGGUUGCUUUUCUCUGCUCCAUGUUAACCUACAGCCGCUUCCCAUUGCUGCCCGGCCACUGGGAGAGCUGGGUUGGAAUAACUGCGGAAGGAUUCCGUUACCUGAUGCACACCAACGUGCAUCUUUCCUCCAGUGCCUGCUGGGUGCUGCACAUAAACCACUGCUCCUAUUGGCCUCGGCUCUGGCUGGACCAACCCCAGCCCUGGGGCUGCAUCAUCAUGAUGCUGUUGGGCUCGAGGCUGCGGUGAGGGGCUCGGGAUGGGUUUGCAGCCAAACCCCUGACACUUGCAGGCUUCAGUAGAGUUGUUGCAUGAGGAGGUAGCUGUGUCUGUCCUCUCCUGCGUGCCGUAGCUGUUCCUUUCCAAUGGAGUGCCUUAAUUCUGGUUUACAAACACUGUGUUGGCGCUGAGCUCUUCCUCCUUGCUCUUCGUUGUGUUUCGGUGCUUUUGGUGUUGCCAGUGGCCAGGAGAGCGCUGCUGCUUCCGCACAUCCAUGUCCCAGCGCUGCUGAACCCGCUUCCCCCUGCCCUGUACCUGCUGAAACCAAAGGGCUGCGUGCGCCGCUGCAGCUCCCAGUGCUCCCGGUUGAUCUAUGCAUUGCUGCAGGAAUGGGAUGGGGGAUGCAGGGGGAUGGAGCAUUGGCUGCGCACCCAAACCCUGUCCCCUGCUGCCAGAGGAACCCAAAGGCACAAAACUGGCACCUGAUCCAGGCUGGGGCUGUGUGGUAGCAAUAGGCAUCCUCCAGGAGGUGAUCCUGGUUAUUCCAUGAGCCCCGGAGGAGGGGUGGGUGAUGCUGUAGCUGGUCCAGUGCUGUACUCUGAUAAAGGCCGUUCCUUUGACUUCAUGGUGGUUCUGAAUCCUGGUUUUCUAUUGAAAUGAGCAGCAUCUUUUGUACUGUACGAGGCAUAAUGCACUUUUUUUUGUAACCUUUUGGGUGUAAAAUGUACAUUUUCUGUGCUUCUUGUGAGGAAAGAGAAAUAAACGUUUUUGUUCUGUUC